CAUUGCUCACGUCCCUUUCCCCCUCUGUCCAUUUCCCUCCCCUCUCUUCUUAUAGAGCCAAUGCUGGUGACCACUGAGGCAUAUUUAAAGAGUGCAGGAGCCCUCCAGUUCAGAUUCUUCAUCAAGCCAAACAAGACAAGACAACCUAAUCGGGUAACGCUUCAAACCUAAGGAUGCCGAACUGGGGAGGUGGCGCCAAAUGCGGUGCUUGUGACAAGACUGUGUAUCAUGCUGAGGAAAUCCAGUGCAAUGGCAGGAGUUUUCACAAGACGUGCUUCCACUGCAUGGCUUGCAGAAAAGCUCUGGACAGUACUACAGUAGCAGCUCACGAAUCUGAAAUCUAUUGCAAAACGUGUUAUGGGAGAAAAUAUGGUCCCAAAGGUAUUGGGUUUGGACAAGGGGCAGGGUGUCUCAGCACGGAUACUGGCGAACAUCUAGGCUUGGAUCUGCAACACUCACCAAAGCCUGCUCGCCCUUCUACGCCUACCAACCCUUCAAAGUUCGCCAAAAAGUUUGGAGAUGUGGAUAAGUGUCCCCGCUGUGGCAAAUCAGUAUAUGCUGCAGAGAAAAUAAUGGGAGGAGGGAAACCUUGGCAUAAGACUUGCUUCCGUUGUGCUGUUUGUGGAAAGAGCCUAGAAUCUACAAAUGUUACAGACAAGGAUGGAGAAAUCUAUUGUAAAGUUUGCUAUGCAAAGAAUUUUGGUCCUAAAGGAAUUGGGUUUGGUGGCCUCACUCAAGUGGAGAAGAAAGAGUGAAACUUUCUAUAUCAGACACAUUUCAUACUUCUGUUGAUGCCACAGAUUGAUUGUUUGCUAAGUAAAACAGUGAUGCAUUGAUAAGAACCUAGGGCAUUUUAAAAUAACUUCUGCUUCUCCAACCUCACUGGAGUGAUUUGUAAGCUUAUUUCUUAAAUUAUUGCAGUAGCUAGAAAAUACAUUUUGACAAAAUGGAUUUAUUCUACACUGAAAAAGAGCCUAAUAUUUUGCUAAAUUCUAACUUAGUUGUGAACAAUAGUAUUUCUUACACUACUAAUCAUCGUGUUAAAAAAUGAGGUUAUAAUAGCUCUGUGGACUUUGCCACUAAGAGGUUAUUAUCCUUGGUAAGGGACCAUAGGAAGGUGUUUUGGAUUUCUACCACUCCAACAGAGCAGAAUCUUGCCCAUAUUGUCUAUCCUAAUUCCUUAGUGAAAUACAUUCUGAUGUUAUGGUGGUGCUAUGGUAUGGGAGGAAAUUUUUUUUUAAAGGCACAUUCUAAUCUGUCACAAUAGCUAACAAUUUCAGCUCCAUCCUCCUGAGUAAAAGAGAAAGGGAGUAAAAGACAGACUUCUUGAAUUGGAAGUCAUAUUUUCAUACAACAUGGUAACAUCAAAGUGGAUGUUAAAUCUAGUUUUGUCACUGUAGGUUUCUCUAGAUACAAUAAACUGUAGAUACUGCUUUUAUGCUACGACUGGUUACAUUAUUUUGCUCCUGUUUUGUACUCUUAACACUCAAUGUGCUCAUCUAGUUCACCAGGCUAAACAAACUAUUCCUAUAUUGAAACUGUGAGAAUGCUCUGGUUUUAUUUCAUUCUAUUUUACUGCUAAACUGCUAGUAAUAGAUCAUAUUUUGAAUCUCCUCAGCUUAUUGCUCUCGAUCUGGGCUUUUUUUCUCUAUUUCCAUAAAUGUCACUUUUGUUCUUCUCUACUGCAACAUAAACCUCCCCAGUAGGAUACAGUGGGCUCAUGCUGUGUGAAGUACAUUUGACGUCUCUGAAAAGUGACUCACAUCACAAUAUAUAUUCUCCAAAUACAGUAUUAAUUCCUUUAAAUUUAUCAAGGACACAAGUAUAUCACUUGGGACUAUGGCAGCCCUAUGCUUGCAGCCUGAAAUAAUGUGAAACAAUCUUAUGCCUGUACCAUUAGGUUUUGGUCAUGUACCUACUAGAGAUUGAGCUAUCCUUUUCCGAGUGUCACUGGUGUAAAUGAGUGCAAGAUUUAGUCUUAUGAUCAAUUCCUGUUAGAUGUUUAAAGUAGCAAGAUCAGCCUUUGCUGCUGUUAUGUUUAAUGAUUUUUAAAUAUAAGUU